UACGAAGCGGGACACUCGGGCCUUGUGGCCUACGCAUUAAAUACGAGAGCUGGGCCAUAGAGGCUCAUAAGGGCGGCGGCGUGGAACUUUGAAAUAAACGCGCCCCGGGGGAAGCUAACUCCCCCUCCUCUCCCCUCCCUUGGUCUGUCCUGCCAGGCUGGUGGCUCGUCCAGUAGCAGCAGCUUGAGUGGCUCCCAAUUGCCCUUGGGCUCGGCGCAGGCGGCGGCAGCAGGUCUAGGCCCGACAGCGGGCGGCAGCACUCAUGGUGAAUUUUGUCCAAGCUGUGCGUGACUACUGGGUCCAUCUUUUGACUCCCAUGGGAUUUAUUCUUGGAUGCUAUCUGGACAGAAGGAAUGAUGAAAAACUAUCAGCUUUCAGAAACAAGAGCAAGUUAUUUAAAAGGGAAUUGAAACCCGGUGAAGAAGUUACCUGGAAAUAAAGGCUGUCUGUGAAAUGGGAAAUGCUUCCAUGUAAUUAAAUUAGCAUGUAUAACAAGUGGAUGAUGUCUUUGUUACUGUGUCAUCUGUGGAACAGGAACCAUGUUUUUACACUUGAUACACUUCGUUCCUAGUAUUAAAAAAGAUAAAGCCA